AUGGCUGAUGCAAUUGUAGAAUUUCUCUUGGUGAACUUGAAAGAGCUUCUACUUUACCAUGUAGAUUUGAUUUCUGGAGUGAAGGAUCAAGUUGAGUCUCUUCAUAAGGAGCUUAGUUUGAUGAAAGCAUUUCUCAAGGACUCCAGGGAGAAGCGUAAUGAAUCAGAAUUUGCUUGUCAUUUAUCCGCCAGAUAUAGAUAUAUAGCUGCGCGCCGCAACAUACGUGCUAGUGCUUCCAUUACAGGCAGUACUCCUGAGGAUGGCAGCGUACCUGUGAAGGACUGCGAGGUUUUCCUACAAAAUUUGCUAGAAUCUCCACCGUUCAAUUGA